GAAAAACAAACCCGCUGGAGGUUGUUGCUGUCUCAACCUGCUAUUAUUGCGCCGGCUUUGUCUGCAGAAAAUCUAAAACCAGCGAUUUUUGCUACCUGUAUCCUGCCAUGAGUUCCUGAGUUGCUGUCUUUGAAUUAAAAUAAUUUAGACAACUGCCUGCGCCGGGGGUUUCUUUCUAGCCGAAUAUACUCGGUUUCCUCCGAGCUGCUCUACAUUGCCUCGCGUUCGUUUCUAGUCGUCACGGUGGGAUAUCGAGCGUACGACCAUGUCUCUGUUCGGCUCCAAUACUGCGAACAAACCCAGUCCCUUUGGAGGAUUCGGCUCCAGCACGACAGCAGGAACCCAACAGAGCGGCGGUGGACUCUUUGGGUCGACAACACCUCAGCAGCAGCAGCAGAAUACUGGAGGAGGGGGAGGAUUGUUUGGUGCCUCUUCUGCGCCGACAACAACACAGACUCAGCAACCGACUGGUGGCGGUGGUUUGUUUGGCGGCUUGGGCCAGCAACCGCAGCAACCGCAGCAGCAGGGAGGCUUAUUUGGUGGGCUUGGCUCUACCGCGCAGCAGCAGCAACCGCCUCAACAACAGGGAGGUGGUUUGUUUGGAGGGCCGUUGCUUGGUGGACAGCAGCAGCAGCAGCAGCAACAACAACAGCAGCAACAACAACAACCCCAGCAGUCCCAGCUAGGGCAGAGUACAGCCCAGCAGCAGAACUUGGGGUCGAGCUUAUGGUCUCCUGGUCGCGCAAUCACUGGAGUACACCGCACCGUGCCUAUGCAGAUGAAUAUACUUCGAGAAAAAUGGGACCCUCUGGCUGCUGGUUCCCCCUUCCGUGAAUAUCUGUACAACUGGGCCUCGGAAGACACCAUCCCGCUCUACCAACCGGGCAUGGGAGAUGACGAGUCGAAGUGGGAAGAGGCCCUCCGCAAGAGACCUGGUCCGGCUUAUGUGCCAGUAGCCGUGAGGGGAUUCUGGGAACUGGGCAAGCGGGCUCAGAGGCAGAAGGAUUUCUUAACCAUGCUGCAAACCCGCCUCCACCAGAUCAACAAUUCUCUAUCCGAUCUGCUCUCGCGUCACGACCUAAAGAUUACCGUCAAAAUCGCCGACUGUCGUCGGAGGCAUCUCGUGUUAAGCAAGCGCUGUCUCACUCUUGCCGCCAAGACCCAGGUGCUGAGGAACCGAGGCUACGCAAUGGAUGAGGCCGAAGAAGAAUUGAAGAAGAAGCUUGCCCAGCUCGAACGGGCUGCUUUCGACCCUUCUCUCAACGGGCGUGCCGAAGAAAUCUGGGCUAGAAUGUUGGCCAUCCGGGAACACUCGAGACGGCUGCAGGUGGAGAUGGACAAGGCUGGCUCGACUGCUGCCUCCCAGGGCGACGAUGAGCUGGACGAGAACACCAUCAAGACAGCUAAAAAGAUCCUGGACGAUUACCACACCCAGAUCCAACAUUUGCAAAAGGAGCUGCAGGCAGUAAAGAAAGAAUUCAAUGAGGUCCAAAAAUCUCUGGGUCUGGGUGACAGUUGAGAUAGAAUCUUAUCUGAGAAGUGAGCCUGUACCUUUUAUUCUGUUUUAACGUUUUAUCAUCAUGUAGAAAGGAGACGAGGCGUUUCAGGAGUGAUACACCCGGUGGAUGGAUGAACUUGAAGCCGUCGAACAAUUCGCCAUCUAUUUGACUUGAUUUUAUAUCCACUCGAAAAAAAAAGAAGAAACUUGUACAUUAAUAAUACAUCAUGCCAUGACUCCUAGCAAUCAAUCGACCGAUGCCAUUAAACAUGUUCACCGUUCGCUUCUAUUGUACCGAAACCCAGACCAGUCAAGUGUUCCCCAACACAGAUAGAAGAUAAGGCAUGGUUCCCAGUAUAUUUUCGAUGCACCAUGAAAGAGAAAAGAAGAAGUAUGGAGAGGACUCAGAGGAACUUCUUGACGAAGUCGACGGCGAAAGGAGCUGCAGGUGAUCUAAAUUAGUGGCUGGCCAUUGUAAUA